AUGAAUAUAAAGUUUCCUAAAUUGUCUCUUGGGAACAUAUCUCCAAUACGAAAAGAUGAAAAACUGAACACAAUGAGGAAUUUUCCAGUAGAGUCUGUGCUUGCUUCUAAAUUUUUUUUAGAGAGCACAAAACAAACUUCUUCUCUUGACAUGUCAGUUGUUUUGCCAAGCAAAACAAAAGAGCAGAAAUUGCAUUUAAAAGAAUUUUUUAGAUUAGAAAACGAAUUAGAUAUUAAAGAAAUUGAGCUAACUCCCCCCCCCCCCUCCGUGAGCGAACAAAACCAUUAGAAAAAUCGCCAUUUUUUUGACCAAAAACCCACCCUCCGUGAGUGAACAAAAAUAUUUUUAAUAGAAAAAAUUUUAAUGGAAAAAAAUUUUGAUAUAUAAGUGAUAAUUAGUAUAAUGAAAUCUAGAGCUAAUUCUGUUUAAUUUUAAACAAAUUGCGUUUUAAAACAUAAAUUUUGCAAAUUAAAUUAAUAUUUGCUUCCCAAUUUUUGCAAAUUAGGAUUUUUUUAAAUUUCGAAAAAAAUAUUUUUUAUAAAAUUUAUAUAUAAAUUUUUUUUAAAAAAAAAAAUUAACCCCCCUCCGUGAGCGAACAAAAUUUUUUUGUUCGCUCACGGGAGGGGGGGGGGGGAGUAAGCAAAGAAAAAAAUACAGAAAAAGAAAUCAGUACUUAUAAAUCCUACCUAGAAGGAAUCUCAUUUUGUUUGAGAUUUCGCGACAAAGAAUUAGCUAAAGGAAUUAUAAGAGGUCUUCGAGGAUUUUUGAAAAUUAUUGCAGAAUUAUUAAAUAAGCCAACAAUAAUUGCUGAUAAAAAGAAACCAAAAACAAAAGAAAUAUUUAGUCAGACAGAUGAGCAAGCUAUCCCAGAUGACAUUGAAAAUUAUAAUCAAGAAAUUCAGUUUCUUAAGAGCUUAGAAACAAAACUCCAUACUAUAAAAUCCUCAAAAGUAGCCAAUAGGCUCUUUGAAGCGUAUGAUUCUUUAAUAAAAAUGCACACAACGCUGCCAUCUCCUAUAAAUACACCUGAGGUUCUUGACAUUGAUGAAGUCACGGAUAAGCUGCAAGAGAAAAUAGUGGAAAUAAAAGAAGGGCUAAUAGCACAUGUAUCAAAAAUGCAGUCUAAAGCAACUAAAAUUGAUAUAGAAACACAAACUGAGGUAUUCUUUAUCAGUAAUAAUAGGUAAUAAAAAUUUUGAGAAAAAAGAAAAUAGGCCCAAAUAUAAUUUCCAAAAAUUAGUAUGAGUUGGAAUAAUAAGAAACAUAAACCGUAACUAUACAAAAAAUGAAGAAAAUGAGGAAGAUUUGUAUUAUGAGCUACAAAAGAAAUAUGAAAAAGUUUAUAAUGAAAAAAGAAAGCUUGAAGAGCUCCUAAAAGGGAGAAAAAAUGUUAGUGAUAAUAUUGAAGACCAUCUAACACACGUUGAGUUAGAGCUUUUUCAUUAUAAAAAACAAGCUUCUGGGUAUGAAGAUACAAUUAAAAAUUUAAAAGCAAGGAAUAUGGCUAUGAAAGAUAAAAUAGAAAAUUUAGAAAUCAAUAUAAACCUAUUAAAAGAUGAAGUUAAAGCAGCAAAUGCAAAAACUGACUCAAAAAAAUCGAAAAUCCAAGAAUUGUCAGAGGAAGUUUAUAAAUUAACUUUAAACUGAAAAUUAAAUGAAAAAAGAUUGAAGGAGCUUUCAGAAGCGUGGCACAAAAAAAUCGGAAAAGCAUAUGAGCAUGAAGAAAUAGACGAAAAUGAGCUUUUGAGAGAUAUUGAUUUGCCUAAAAAGAAAGAAAAAGUUCAAGAAGAAAAAAUAAUCAAAAAUACAGAAGCUGUUAGUGAUAGAAAAAUAAACAGAACACAUGGAAAUAGACCUACUGAUACAAAAAAACAAAAUACUAAGGUAGAAAACCUAAAGCAAGCCAUUGCCACAGAGGCUUGCAGCCAAAAUCAAGCAAUAUUGCCAGGAAAACAAAAGGCAAAUAAUAAAAAGAUACAAAAACUUCCGUCAGAAAGUAUAAGCCCUGAUCCUCCAAAAAAGUCAAAAUCUCCCAAAAUUCCAAAUAAUAAACCUCCAAAAUCCCAGUCACCAAAACUUUUAAGGGAUUCUCAAAUCCAAACCUCAAAAGUCAAACUUAACAAUUCAAGCAUUGAAAUUCGAGCAGAAAGCCCAGAAGAUAAAAAAUGAAAAAUUUUAAAGCAAAAGCAGGAAGAAAAAAUUCAAAAAACCUUCAAAGAUGACACUCAACGAGAGUUAUUUGAAGAAUACAAAGCAAUUCUUGAGAGAAAAACUUACAAAAAGCCUAUUAAAAGUCCUAAAGUUCUCAAUAAAAGCCAAGAAGAUAGCUAUACAGAUUUAAAUUCUGACGCAAAUUUAUCCUAUAUAAGCAAUUCGUCUGAAAAUGUGUCUCAAAAAACUAUUGAGAAUUAUGAAGAAAAUUACGAAAAAAUAAAAAAAGACCCAGAAUUUAUAUAGAAUUUUCCCAUAGAUGGCGCUGUUUGCACUUGAUUUGCCCACUGAGAAAAAUUUUUUGGUUCGACCAGUACCAUAUGGUUUGGCCAAACCAAAAAAUUUUCCUCAUGGGCGAAUCAAGGGCAAACAGCGCCAUCUAUGGGGAAAUUUCUAUAUCAGCGAUAGGCAAAGUAUUUGAUAAUGAAGAAGAAGUUGAUAUUCUUCCUUUGCAGGUAAGAGUUAGCAUAAUGAAAGCGUUAAAAGGCCACGAGAGAAAAAAAUGUGGCAAUAAAUGUGAUCAUUUAAGGAGAGCAAUGAUGAUUAAAUACAAAGAAAAAGGAAUUCCAUAUCCUAUUAAAAAAGUGUCUGCAGCAGAUUAG